AUGCCGAUCACACGUGUUCACGCCCGUCCUAUCUAUGAUUCACGUGGUAAUCCAACUGUCGAGGUUGAUUUGACUACUGAGAAAGGUAUUUUUCGUGCGGCUGUACCAAGUGGUGCUUCAACUGGUGUGCACGAAGCGCUUGAACUUCGGGACAAUGACAAAACUGUCAAUCAUGGUAAAGGUGUUUUGCAAGCUGUCAAAAAUGUCAACGAACAUAUUGGACCUGCUUUGGUUGCUAAGAACUUUUGUCCUACUCAACAACGUGAAAUCGAUCAUUUUAUGCUAGAGCUCGAUGGAACCGAAAAUAAAGGUAACAUUUUUAUUUCAGUGUUCUGA